GAUUCACACAUCCGCAGGAAGAUCAUGUCCUCCCCUCUGUCCAAAGAGCUCCGCCAGAAGUACAACGUGAGAUCCGUGCCCAUCCGUAAGGAUGAUGAGGUCCAGGUUGUCCGGGGACACUACAAAGGCCAGCAGAUCGGCAAAGUUGUCCAGGUCUACAGGAAGAAGUAUGUUAUUUACAUCGAGCGCGUUCAGCGUGAAAAGGCCAACGGCACCACAGUCCAUGUUGGCAUCCACCCCAGCAAGGUGGUGAUCACUAGGCUAAAGCUCGACAAGGAUCGCAAGAAGAUCCUUGAGCGCAAGGCCAAGUCCCGACAGGACGGAAAGGAUAAGGGCAAAUACAAGGAGGAGACCAUUGAGAAAAUGCAGGAGUGAAAUUAUUCUUUUGCUAACAAUAAAAGACUGUAAAAACCUGA